UGUCGCUAAGUCAUUGUCUUUGUCUAUGUCGUCUAGUCGCCAUUGAAAAAAGAGAUUUUUUUUAUUAACGAUUUUUAAAAUAUCCCCUUCGCCAUUGUGAAUGUGAUUAAUCAUUAAUCGCGUAUCGGGUAGAUUUUUAUUACGUAUCAUACAAUUUUGAAAGUGAAAAUGUGAAAAUGUUGCGAAACAUUCUAGACACAGUGUAAGCUCUCUACUGUGACACAGUGGAGAUUUAGGAUAUAAGUAGAUCUGAAAUAGGUCUAUAAAAUAUAUUUCCGGUAGGUAGAUAUGUGUGUAUACUUGAUACCCUACUUAAUUUUCAUCCGAAAGUCGAUACUCUUGACUUGAGGUAGAAGCCACUGAUUAUUCCGUCACCAAAAUCCUUACAUUUUUUUUCUUUUCCGUAAAUAUGUCUGUUCACUAUAAAUUCAAAUCAGCACUAGAGUAUGAUACAGUAACCUUUGAUGGUCUUCAUAUAUCAGUUAAAGAUUUGAAGAACUCCAUUAUUCAACAAAAACGAAUAGGCAAAAGUACCGAUUUCGAUUUACAAGUAACCAAUGCUCAAACCAAAGAAGUCUAUGAAGAUGAGAAUGCAUUGAUUCCCAAAAAUACAUCACUCCUAAUUGCUAGAAUACCUGUUAUCCCUCAGAAACCAAAACAGUGGGAAGGAUAUGGAGGUGAUAAUACACUACCAGUGAAAUUGGAUGAAGGAGGACCCAUUGCUAAAGCAGUAGAUCUCUCUAGCUUAGAUGCACCAGAAGAUGAUAAAAUUCGAGCAAUGAUGUCCCAGUCUACUCAGGAUUAUGACCCAAGCAAUUACAUGAAAAUCAGAGGGGCCAAUCAAAUGGGAACAGUUCCUCCAACUUACAAAUGCUAUAAGUGUCACCAAGGUGGUCACUGGAUUAAGGACUGUACUUUCGGGCAAGGAGCAGACCCGGUCGAAAUAAAGAAGAGCACCGGCAUCCCGCGCAGCUUCAUGGUGGCGGUCGACGGGCCGCAAGUACCAGGCGCCAUGAUGACGCCCUACGGCCAGUUCGCCGUCCCAUUGGUCGACCACCAGGCGUACAACCACAAGGCGGGCGCGCCGCAGCCGGUGCCCGAGCCCAAGCCUGACAUUCCCGAGGAUUUAGUGUGCGGGAUUUGCUCGGAUUUGCUCCAGGAUGCGGUGAUGAUUCCCUGUUGCGGGAAUUCGUUUUGCGACGAGUGCGUGCGCGGGGUGUUGUUAGAGAGCGAGGAGCACGAGUGUCCGGACUGUCAUGAGAAGGAUAUUUUUCCGGAUACGUUGAUACCGAAUAGAUUUCUGAGAACCUCUGUUGCCAACUUCAAGAACACAACUGGUUAUGUGAAGAAACCUGUUUUCAAAGAAAUCAAAUUGAUGGAAACUACUCCUCAGACCCUCAUAGAAUCGAAAACGCCUCCUCCUAGAGAUCUACCAACGACUGUGGAAGAAGAUACAAAUAAAGGACCUGUUAUCUCGGAGGCAGACUCAACUGAACCAGUGAAGAAUCAGAAACCGACAGAAUCUUCAAAUAAUAAUCUAGAACUUGGAGAUCUUGAAAAAUCUGCGGAGAUUGAGUCUAUUGAGGGGCCCCCAGGGGUCUCCCCGAGAAGGUCACCUAAAGUGCAGCAUAAGCACAGGGAUGACUCGCCUAGAGAUACAAGAGGGUCGCCCAGAGAACGUAUAAGUCGUACUAAGCGUAGAAGCAGAAAUAGGAGUUUAUCUCCCAUAAAAAAUUCCAGACACCGCAGAUCCCGCUCUUAUAGUGGAUCUAGAUCACCUGAGAGAAGGAGGUCUGGCACUCCAACUGUCGAUGAACCACCUGGGAAGUACAUUCCUCCACCAAAUUAUAGCUCUGCUCCUCCUCCUGGAUCGAUUCCCACUGUGAUAGGUCAAAUUAAUCCAAUUCAGCCUAUUCCUGGUUCGUAUCCCCCAGGCCAACCUCCUCCUAUGAACUAUCCGACAACGCAGGGACCACCACCGAAUUACAGAUUUCCUCCUCCUGGAGGAGCACCUCCUUAUAUGCCUCCAGGGCCUUAUAAUGUGCCACCAAGACCUAUGUUUGAUGCUAGUAGACCUCCAAUGAGUGGUCCACCACCCAACUUCAAUUCAAACUUUCCUCCUGGAUCUAGAGGUCAUAGAGAUUUUCGAAGAAUGAUGGAUAGACCACCAUCUGGGGUCAUCGACGACCCUUUGGCCGCCUUCAACCGCCUCCUGCGCGAGAAGGACGAGCAGAAGCGUCGCGCCAAGCGCGGCUACCGGCGCGCCAGUUACAGCCGCAGUCGCAGCCGGAGCCGCAGCUACAGUCGGUCGCCGCCGCCAGCUGGCAGGAGGAGGGGCGUCGGCGGAGGCAGCAGGUCGCCGCGCCCUCUGCGUAGGUUGUCGCGUAGCCGGUCGCGGUCGUUCUCGUUGAGUCGGUCUCGAUCAAGGUCAUUUUCGGGCAGUCCGCCCCACAGGCAACUGUCUCCAGCGAGGCGUUCGCCGCUGCGCUCUUUGCCUCCCCGAGGGGGACCCUCUAGAUAUCGAUCGCCAAUAAGAUCACCGCCAAGAUCAAGGCACCGAGACAACGACGACGACCGAGAUUACGGUCGAGAGGCGCGUAGAAAUAGAGACAACCGAAACAAUCGAUCAUCGAGAGAGAGGGAUCGAGGCGAUAGAUUCUAUGACAAUUUCGAUGACAAACGGGGCGGCAGGCAGCAGCAAUGGUCUGGCGGACACCAAACCGUGGCACAGACUGGUUACUAUCCGCCGCCGAUCGGCAUGCAGCAGGGAUACCAGACUAACAGGUUCCUCCCUCCGCGAGAUUAUGGACCGCCUUUUAACCAGCCCCUGCCUCAAACUAUCCACAGUAUUCAGCCUCAAAGGCAGUAUCAAGAUAUCGCACCUCCAGGUGUAGACGACGAUAUUGCUCCUCCUGGUGUCGAAGAACUUCCUAUCAAAACUGAGAAACAGGUUAGCCCGAAAAAGGAGGUUAAAGAAAAGGCUGUUACUGACAAGCGAGUCGAUAGAAAAGAACCAGAAAAAACAAGUGAUAAAAAACGAAGGCACGACAAGAGGAGUAGAACUCCUGAUAGAGCUAGAAAUCCCAGUCCCAGAAGGAAAUCGAAGUCGAAAGAUCGAGAUAGCCCUGAUAAACGUAGAAGAAGGAGACGGGAGUCUUCAGAUCACUCAGAUGACGAAAAAACCAAGAAGAGUAAGGAUAAAAAGAAACAUAAGGAGAAGAAGGAGUCUGAGAAGAAAAAGAAGCGAGACAAGAAGGAAAAACACAAAAAAGAAUCGAAAGAGAAGAAACCAAAAGACGAGUUCAAACAAAUUAUUCCUAAAAAUGUUUCUGAGGAAGAGGAUGAAAGCUAUUCAAAAAGUAAGAAAAAACGUGAAGAACAGGAAAAGUUAUUGGAAGAAAGACGACUCGAAGCACUUAGAAAUCAGAAGAAACAGGAAGAAGAGAGAAUGUUUGAAGUAAAUGAAAACAAACGGCUGGAAGAAGAAAGAAGAAAUAGAGAUAAAGAAAUGCAGAAGGCAGAACGAAAACGUGAAGAACUUCGAAAAUUGAAAGAUAGGGAGCAGAGGUUCUCAAAGGUGCCUGAAAAAUUGGAAGAAAACAAUCUUACUCCAGAACCUGAAGAAGUCAUACCCGAUUUAUAUGGAGAAAUGUCAACUGAGGAUAUAGAUACGAAGGUUGUUGAGAAUUAUGGCAGAAUUGAGAACGACUUACUAGAGGAUGAACUACAACAAGAAGAACUGCAACAAGAAGAGUUGCUUGAGGAGGAGCCGCAAUAUCAAGAAUUGCAAGAGGAAGUCUUAGAAAAUGACAUAUUUCAAGCAGAAGGAGACGUAAACCAGCCACCUAAUGAAUAUAGAUUUGAGGAAAUAAUGGAAGACGGGGAAAUAAAAGAAUAUGAAGAAGAAGAAAAAGACGUAUUAGAAUUACAUACCACAGACAUAGACCUGAAACAUGAACUGGAUAAGUCUGAUAUAUUAGCCCCAGUUCCAGAGAAAUCCAAAUGGGAAGUCGACGAAGAUGGACUCACUAGCCCCAAAGAUAGCCAUAAAUCAGACACUAAAUCUGACAAAUCUGGAAAAGUAACUAAUGAAGUCUUGAAGAGGGCAGAAAAUGCUAUAUUUGCGAAAGCAAUAAAUGCUAUAAGGCCGAUAGAGAUCAAAAAGAUAGGAAAUGAUCGUGCAAAAUUAUAUUCUGGAGAAAGAGAUCAAAUCACUGUGGUACCAGCUGUCGUUAAAACCGAAAUUACUCAACCACCUGUAAGGCUAUCAGUUAAAGAACGAUUGGGUGUGAAAGUAGAUGACACUGAUAAGAUUAUCAACCUCAGCAGAAGAUCUAAGACCGUUUCUCCAUUCAGCAAGAGAGGUGAGAGUGGGAGGAACGUUGCAGCGGGAGAAAGACGUGUCGAAGUAGACGAAAAUAAGAACCGGAAUAGAAGAUCUAGAUCCAGACGAAGAGAAAACAGUCGAGAUAAAAACAGAAACAAAAUUGACAACAGACAUCACAGCAGAAAUGACAAGAAAGGCGAUCGAAAGGGAGACAGGGGUAAAAUAAAAUCCAAAACAGAAAAGAGUACACAUGCUGAUGAUGGUAAAAAAUCGAAGAGAAAGAGGUCUAGAACAAGAAGUGUAAGUGAAGAUCGAAAGGAUAAAUCAAAGAAGAGAGACAAAAAGGUAAAGAAAGAAAAACUGAAGAAGAAAGAUUCGGAAGAGGUCAGGAAUGAAAAAGAAGAAAAAGAUGAUCAGGGACCUCCACAAGUGGCAGCUAAGCGAAAAGCUACAAUUGAUGAAGCCAAUUUUGAGCCAGACUAUGAUGAAUCACACUCGGAAGAUGAACAAAAAGAUAAAAAGAAAGUUUCUAAGAAGGAUUCUGAUACUUCCAGUUCCGAAUCUGAUUCGGAUUCUAGUUCGGAGGAGGAAAGGAAAAAGAAAAAGCACAAGAAACGUAAGAAGAAGAAGAAGCGAGAAACAAGUAGUAGUAGCAGUAGUUCUUCUUCAGAAUCUGAGUCUAGUGAGAGUGAGAAGGAUCGUAAGAAGAAAAAGCACAAGAAAGCCAAGAAGAAGAAGAAGAAGUCUAAACAUAAAUAAAUGCAGUUGUAUCAAUUACAAUGAAUAAUUCGUUAAGGAAGUAUAUUAGUGGUUAUAGAAUAUAUAUUAAGAACUUUUGUAUAUAUAUGUAGUAGUUAGUGUAUAAUCCUAAUAAACAAUAAUAAAUA